AAUGCACAAUAUACACCUGGUUUGAUUAUUACAUUUCAUAUCUCACAUACACGGAAAGAGUGAGUGAGAUUCAGAGUUUGCUACAAUGAGUUUGAUUCACUUGCUCCGAUCACAGUCUCGCAAUCGCUUUUCUUCGUUAUCAUCAAACACUCCUUCAGUGUACCAGUGUUUUAGGUCCUCCACAUGCGGACAGCCGAUCAGUGCUAAUCCAAUAUUCAAACCGCAGAACAAUGCGAAACCGACAUUUAAGACUUCUUCCCAAUUUGCUACUUCUCAAAUAAGAUGGGCAUCUAAAGCUGCACCAGCUGAGGAAGACAAGAUCAGCAUUGGGCCUGCCAGUGGAAGACAAUCUGAGGAAGGACAAAAGGAAACCGGAAUUUUCUACUACGGUCCAAUCUCAAGUACCAUAAAAAAAGUAAAACUUCUGUCUCUCUCAACUUGCUGCCUCUCGGUAUCUCUUGGUCCGGUCAUAACCUUCAUGACAUCCCCUGACAGUAAUGUCAUCCUAAAGGGUGCAGUGGCAUCAUCAGUGAUAUUUUUCAGUACUUCAACAACCGCCAUCCUUCACUGGUUUGUCAGCCCGUACAUUCACAAACUCCGAUGGCAACCCGGUUCAGACAGCUUCGAGGUGGAGAUGUUGUCAUGGCUGGCAACACAUAUCCCAAAGACAAUCAAGUUUUCAGAUAUUCGUCCAGCAGAUACCAAUAGGCCUUAUGUGACAUUUAAGGCUAAUGGGAGUUUCUAUUUUGUGGACACAGAACACUGUCACAAUAAGGCACUUCUUGCUAGACUCACACCACAGAAGGAAACUCAUGACUCUGCUUUCAAGAAUUUGUGAUUUGAAAAAUGCUGCUGAACUUUGAAUUUGACCCUUUUGAGAUUUUAUACGUUUUGUUCUGAUGAUAGAAUGAGCUGUUUAGAUUUUAAAAAUAAAGUUUUGUAUGGUUAUUUGCAACUUCAAUUAUGGGGAUUUUUGUAGCCUUAAUUAUAACGAUACCUAUGUACUCUUUUCUUUGACAAAACAAUGAAUGAUGUGUACUUAUUUAUUGUUC